AUGGAGGUAAGAUAACUGCCUUAAAAAAAUAAUCUCUAAAACCAAUUCAAAAUGUACACAUAAACCGCUUGUUUCGAUGGAAAGUCACUGAAUGCUGCGAAUACAUUGUCUUGGGAUGCUUUUGAACUGAGUAGCCUGCAGAAUGGUUGGCCAUUCUGUUCAAUCCAAGGAGCAUAGUCCAUUUACUGUCAUUAGUGGAAAAGGACAAAUGUAGCUAACGAGAGGCUUAGGCCUUCAAUCAUUGGCCUCUGGUUUUUGUACAGUAUUACAUUAUAUUGUUUUGUACAGUAUUACACUGUCUGUCUGUUGUAGGUCUAUGGUGUGGUUACAGGGUUAGUCUAUGUGUUGUAGGUCUAUCGUAUGGUUACAGGGUUAGUCUAUGUGUUGUAGGUCUAUGGUGUGGUUACAGGGUUAGUCUAUGUGUUGUAGGUCUAUGGUAUGGUUACAGGGUUAGUCUAUGUGUUGUAGGUCUAUGGUAUGGUUACAGGGUUAGUCUAUGUGUUGUAGGUCUAUGGUAUGGUUACAGGGUUAGUCUAUGUGUUGUAGGUCUAUGGUAUGGUUACAGGGUUAGUGUAUGUGUUGUAGGUCUAUGGUAUGGUUACAGGGUUAGUCUAUGUGUUGUAGGUCUAUGGUAUGGUUACAGGGUUAGUGUAUGUGUUGUAGGUCUAUGGUAUGGUUACAGGGUUAGUCUAUGUGUUGUAGGUCUACCGUAUGGUUACAGGGUUAGUCUAUGUGUUGUAGGUCUAUGGUAUGGUUACAGGGUUAGUCUAUGUGUUGUAGGUCUACCGUAUGGUUACAGGGUUAGUCUAUGUGUUGUAGGUCUAUGGUGUGGUUACAUGGUUAGUCUAUGUGUUGUAGGUCUAUGGUAUGGUUACAGGGUUAGUCUAUGUGUUCUAGGUCUAUGGUAUGGUUACAGGGUUAGUCUAUGUGUUGUAGGUCUAUGGUAUGGUUACAGGGUUUAUAUAUCAGAUGGUUUACAGGCUUUGGGCCUAUGUCUCUUCUCUCCCAGCCCCGGCAGAAGUUGGUAAACUCAGUGGACUGCUGUGUAGACGAAGCCCUGGAAGGCAUUGUCUCUAGCUCUGGAUGUCUCUCUCUACUGAGGGGCCACAGGGUGGUGGUCAGGGCUGACCUGGAGGCCCUCAGGGGCCGGGUGGCCCUGCUGUCUGGAGGGGGGUCUGGACACGAGCCAGCACACGCAGGUAGGACACUCAUACCUGAAUACACACAUUCAGACACCAAUGUUGCGAAUUCAGGGGACCUGACCGGGACUCGAAAUCUGGGUCCAGCGACUGUCAACCCAACCAUUCUUGACGAGGUCUCUAGAUGUAUACACACCACACACACACACACACACACACACACACACACACACACACACACACACACACACACACACACACACACACACAGUCUCUCUCUACUGAGGGGCCACAGGGUGGUGGUCAGGGCUGACCUGGGGGUCCUCAGGGGAGGAGUGGCCCUGCUCUCAGGAGGGGGGCCUGGACACGAGCCAGCACACGCAUCCCCUCUCUCUCUCACUCUCUCUCUCUCUCCUCUCUCCUCUCUCCUCUCUCUCCUCUCCUCUCUCCUCUCUCUCUCUUCUCUCCUCUCCUCUCUCCUCCUCUCCUCUCCUCCUCUCUCCUCUCCUCUCUCCUCUCUCCUCUCCUCCUCUCCUCUCUCCUCUCUCCUCUCUCCUCUCUCUCCUUCUCUCCUCUCCUCUCUCCUCCUCUCUCCUCUCUCUCUCCUCUCUCUCUCUCCAGGGUACAUAGGCAGUGGUAUGCUAUCAGCAGCAGUAGCAGGUGGUGUCUUUGCAUCCCCUCCCCCAGCCAGUGUUCUGGCGGCCAUUUUGUCUCUACAUGACGCUGGAGCGUUGGGCGUUCUACUCAUCGUUAAGAACUACACCGGAGACCGCCUCAACUUCGGCCUCGCUGCCGAACAGGCCCGUAACCGUGGCGUCGCAGUCGAAAUGGUGAUUGUCGCCGACGACUGUGCGUUUGAUCAACCCAGUAAGGCGGGGAGGAGGGGCCUGUGUGGGACGGUGUUCGUUCACAAGGUAAUGGAUAAAUGGAACAGUGUGUGUGAUCUCUUUUUGACCAUAUUAUAAAAGACAAAAGUAUAGCAUUUUAUAUUCAGAUAUAGGAUUUUAACCACUGACUUCAACUUUAAACCCAAUCAUCUAGGACUGUUUUGAUGUUACCACAUCAUCAAAAUAAAGUCAUUGAUCUCUCUUAAUCUCGUUCAGCUUGCUGGGGCUCUGGCUGAAGAAGGUUGUCCAUUGGAUGAGAUCGUCUCCAAGGUGACAGAGGCAGUGAAGGGCAUUGGUGAGAUCUACGCACGCUCACGACUGUUUCACCCAGUCAGCUUUUCUCUUGUCUGUAUCUGUCACUUGAGUAUUUACGGCGAGUGUAUGUUCCUCCUGUAGGUACUCUGGGUGUCAGCUUAUCUCCCUGCAGUGUUCCAGGCUGUCUGCCCUCCUUUGACCUGCCUGCUGGGGAGAUGGAGCUGGGACUGGGUGAGAUAGAGAGAGAGUGAGGGAGACCUGGUACUGGGUGAGGGAGGGAGAGCUGGUACUGGGUGAGGGAGGGAGAGCUGGUACUGGGUGAGAUAGAGAGAGAGUGAGGGAGACCUGGUACUGGGUGAGGGAGGGAGAGCUGGUACUGGGUGAGGGAGGGAGAGCUGGUACUGGGUGAGAUAGAGAGAGAGGGAGGGGGGACCUGGUACUGGGUGAGGGAGGGAGAGCUGGUACUGGGUGAGGGAGGGAGAGCUGGUACUGGGUGAGGGAGGGAGAGCUGGUACUGGGUGAGGGAGGGAGGGAGGGAGCUGGUGGUACUGGGUAGGGAGGGAGGAGGGAGCUGGGUCUGGGUGAGGGAGGGAGGGAGAGCUGGUACUGGGUGAGGGAGGGAGGGAGGGAGCUGGGUCUGGGUGAGGGAGGGAGAGCUUUGGUACUGGGUGUGAGGGAGGGGGGAGGGAGGAGCUGGUACUGGGUGAGGGAGGGAGAGCUGGUAUGUGUGAGGGAGGAGUGGACUGGGAGGGAGGAGACCUGGUACUGGGUUGAGGGAGGGGGAUGGGGAGGGGAGGGAGGGGACUGGGUGAGGGAGGGAGACUGGUACUGGGUGAGGGAGGGAGGGGGCGGUGGGAGUGAGCUGACGGGUGAGGGAGGGAGAGCUGGUACUGGGUGAGGGAGGGAGAGCUGGUACUGGGUGAGGGAGGGAGAGCUGGGUACUGGGUGAGGGAGGGAGAGCUGGUACUGGGUGAGGGAGGGAGAGCUGGUACUGGGUGGGGGGAGGGAGGGAGGGGGCUGGGUCUGGGGGAGGGAGGGAGAGCUGGGACUGUGUGGGGAGGGGAGGGAGGGAGCUGGUACUGGGUGGGAGGGAGGGAGAGCUGGUACUGGGUGAGGGAGGGAGAGCUGGUACUGGGUGAGGGAGGGAGCUGGGACUGGGUGAGGGAGGGAGGAGGGACUGGGUAGGGAGGAGACCUGGUACUGGGGGGGAGGGAGAGCUGGUACUGGGUAGAGGGAGGGAGAGCUGGUACUGGGUGAGGGAGGGAGAGCUGGUGUACUGGGUGAGGGAGGUGAGGGAGCUGGGACUUGGGUGAGGGAGGGAGAGCUGGACUGGGUUGAGGGAGGGAGACCUGGUACUGUUGAGGGAGGAGAGCUGGUACUGGUAGGGAGGGAUGGAGAGCUGGUACUGGGUGAGGGAGGAGAGCUGUAAGGUAUGGAGUAGAGCUGGUCUGUCAUGGGAGGCUUUCGCUGGUACUGGGUGAGGGAGGGAGAGCUGGUACUGGGUGAGGGAGGGAGAGCUGGUACUGGGUGAGGGAGGAGAGCUGGGUCUGGGUAAAUUACAUUAAAUGUUUGGAAUAGAUAACUUAUAUUGGGGGGGAAAGAGCACAGUUAGUUAUUUAUUAUUUAGAUCAUGUUAAUGUCUUUCUCCUCAGGUAUCCAUGGUGAGCCUGGCAUUAAGAGGUCAAAGGUCAGUGUAAUAAAGUUAGUGUACAGUAUAGGCUGUGUUCCAAACGGCACUCUAUUAUCUGGUCAAAAGUAGUGCACAUAUGUAAUAAAAGGGUGUCAUGUGGUCCCGUGUAGCGCAGUUGGUAGAACAUGGCGUAUGUAACGCCAGGGUUGUGGGUUCGAUUCCCACGGGGGGGCCAGUAAAAGUAUGAAAAUGUAUGCACUCACUAACUGUAAGUUGCUCUGGAUAAGAGCGUCUGCUAAAAUGACUCAAAUGUAAAUGUGUAGUAAUACGGUGGCAUUUGAAAUGCACCUGUUGUAUUUCUAUUAAUUUGAUCUGUGUAUCAUCGGGGCUGGAGAUGUUGUAUAUAAUCGGGGCUGGAGAUGUUGUAUAUCAUCGGGGCUGGAGAUGUUGUAUAUCAUCGGGGCUGGAGAUGUUGUAUAUAUCGGGCUUGGAGAUUUUUGUAUAUAAAUGGGGGCCGGGAGAUUUUGUUAUCAUCGGGGCUGGAGAUGUUGUGUAUAAUCGGGGCUGGAGAUGUUGUAUAUAAUCGGGGCUGGAGAUGAUGAUGAUGAUGAUGCCAUGAUGACCUCUCUUUUAGGUGACCUCGGCAGACCAGGUGGUGAAGACCAUGGUAGACCAUAUGACCAACCCUGCCAGCCAAUCACAUCUGUCGCUGAAGUCGGGUACAAGGGCCACCGCACUUAAUCAGUGAAAAGUUGAAAAUGUGAAAACCUCCUUUUAACCAUGGACCCUCCUUUUAACCGUGUACCCUCCUUUUAACCGUGUACCCUCCUUUUAACCGUGUACCCUCCUUUUAACCAUGUACCCUCCUUUUAACCAUGUACCCUCCUUUUUAAACCAUGUACCCUCCUUUUAACCAUGUACCCUCCUUUUAACCAUGUACCCUCCUUUUAACCAUGUACCCUCCUUUUAACCGUGUACCCUCCUUUUAACCAUGUACCCUCCUUUUAACCAUGUACCCUCCUUUUAACCAUGUACCCUCCUUUUAACCAUGUACCCUCCUUUUAACCGUGUACCCUCCUUUUAACCGUGUACCCUCCUUUUAACCAUGUACCCUCCUUCUCUCCGUUACAGGUGACAGUGUGGUUCUGUGUGUCAACAACCUUGGAGCGCUGUCUUGUCUAGAGAUAGCUGUUGUUACUAGUUCUGCCAUACACUACCUGGGUAAGACACUAACUGACAAACUGUGUGAAUAACGAUGCAUAAUAUUGUAUUUUAUUGCAUUAUGAAAAGCUAAUUGUUAACCUCACAUUGUUAUUGGGGGCACCUUGUUUACAUUCUCUGUGGAAUCUCUCUUUGAAUUAUUUUUAUUUUUUUGCCAUGGUUACAGAGGGUCGUGGGGUGCGGGUUGCCCGGGCGAUGUCGGGGUCAUUUAUGACAUCACUGGAGAUGGCCGGAGUGUCUCUGUCACUGAUGAGAGCAGACCAGGAGAUACUCCGACUGUUUGGUGAGAACACACACAGUCACCUUGUAACACUGGUUUGGUGAGAACACACACAGUCACCUUGUAACACUGGUUUGGUGAGAACACACACAGUCACCUUGUAACACUGGUUUGGUGAGAACACACACAGUCACCUUGUAACACUGGUUUGGUGAGAACACACACAGUCACCUUGUAACACUGGUUUGGUGAGAACACACACAGUCACCUUGUAACAACUGGUUUUGGUGAGAACACACACAGUCACCUUGUAACACUGGUUUGGUGAGAACACACACAGUCCACCUUGUAACACUGGUUUGGUGAGAAACACACACGUCCACCUUGUAACACGUUGGUGAGACCACGACAGUCACCUUGUAACACUGGUUUUGGUGAGAACACACACAGUCACCUUGUAACACUGGUUUGGUGAGAACACACACAGUCACCUUGUAACACUGGUUUGGUGAGAACAACACACAGUCACCUUGUAACACUGGUUUGGUGAGAACACACACAGUCACCUUGUAACACUGGUUUGGUGAGAACACACACAGUCACCUUGUAACACUGGUUUGGUGAGAACACAUACAGUCACCUUGUAACACUGGUUUGGUGAGAACACACACAGUCACCUUUGUAACACUGGGUUUUGGUGAGAACACACACAGUCACCUUCUAACAACCUGGUUUUGGUGAGAACACACACAGUCACCUUCUAACACUGGUUUGGUGAGAACACACACAGUCACCUUGUAACACUGGUUUGGUGAGAACACACACAGUCACCUUGUAACACUGGUUUGGUGAGAACACACACAGUCACCUUCUAACACUGGUUUGGUGAGAACACACACAGUCACCUUGUAACACUGGUUUGGUGAGAACACACACAGUCACCUUGUAACACUGGUUUGGUGAGAACACACACAGUCACCUGUAAACACUGGUUUGGUGAGAACACACACAGUCACCUUGUAACACUGGUUUGGUGAGAACACACACAGUCACCUUGUAACACUGGUUUGGUGAGAACACACACAGGGAGAAUCUCAAUUGGUUCUGCUCACCUCUCCUCGGUCCUCUCUCAUCUCUUUUUGAAAAAGGUCAAAGUUAAAUGAGCGGAGGCGAGAGGGGAACGUGGAAACAAAUGCACUUGUAUGAAAUGAGACUGUCCUUCUCCAGUCGCGCGUCAUCAUGAAGUUUACAGAGGAGGAAUCCAUAAAUAAAUGUGUAAAGUGAUAGUUGUGCAAGACAUUUUAAAAGGAUACGAUAGUUUUAACAUGUUGUCGUGCCUUUCUCCUUUGAGAAAUCAACAGCUGAAUGAAAGGGGGUGUGGUGGAUUAUAAAACACUUUGGCACUAGCUGUCACGAGGAUACUCUUGUGCAUCCUCUGUCGAGGAGGGGAACAGACUCCUACUAACCAAUGGACACUCCUCAACCACUUAUCGGUUUCCCAGGAGUCAAGGAGAAGACACACUAUUGCCCAAUUGAGAAUCUCCCCCACACACACUGCCGAAUACGCUGACAAAUACCUCCCCAUCUCUCUCUCUCUCUCUCCCUCUCUCCCUCCCCAUCCAUCUCUCCUCCUCCGUCCCCCCAUCCUCUCCCUCUUUCCCCCACUCCCUCUUUCCCCAUCUCCCUCCCUCCCCACCUCUCCCUCUCCCUCCCUCCCCCCCAUCUCCCCUCCCUCCCCCAUCUUCCUCCUCCCAACUUUCUCUCUCCUCCCUCCCUACCCCCCCAUCUCUCUCUCUCCCCUCCUUCCCGCCCCAUCUCCCUCCCUCCCCCCAUCCCCUCCCUCCCUCCCCCAUCUCUACUCCUCGUCUCCCUGCCCUCCCCAUCUACUCUCUCUCCUCCCCUACCCCCCCUCUUCCCUCCCUCCCUCCUAUCUCUCUCUCUCUCUCCUCCCUCCCCUAUCUCCCCUCCCCUCCCCUCUUCUCUCUCCUCAUCUUCCCUCCAUCCCAUCUCUCUCCCUCCCCAUCCAUCCAUCUCUCUCCCCAUCUCCCUCUCAGAUGCCAAGACCACAGCCCCUGCCUGGCCCAACCUCAGCACUGCGUGUAUCAGUGGGAGGAGUUACAUUCUGGACCCUCCAGCGAAAGACAUGCAAGAGACCUCGCACACAGAAGGUACGGUUAGGACAACACACACACUUACACACACCUGACACCUCACACGGGUGGUAGCCUACAGCUAAGACCUGUUGGAAUAGUAUCAUGCCAAGGCUUAGCUCACUGGGCUAACAGUCUUGGGGGAUGCAGGAGACCUAGGUUUAGCUCACUGGGCUAACAGUCUUGGGGGGGAUGCAGGAGACCUGGGUUCCUAUCCAGUCAGUCAUAUUGUUCCCUCAUUUUUUAAAUGUAAUUUUUGAUAUAUUGAAUAAAUAUGUGUGUGUCAGGUCCUCUCAGUGGUGUGAUGAGGAAGGCUCUAGAAGCGGUGUGCUCUGCCCUCCUUCAACGCCAAGAGGAACUAAACUCACUGGACAGGGCAUCCGGGGACGGAGAUUGCGGUAACACUCAUGCCCAAGCUGCCAAAGGUGAAGACAUUAAUUGCGUACUUGCAAAUACACCCACAUGUACAUAUUAGCUCAACUACCUCAACUAGCCGGUGCCCCCGCACAUUGACUCUGCACCGGUACCCCCUGUAUAUAUAGCCUCCCUACUGUCACUUUAUUCUAUUGUAUAUAUAGCCUCCCUACUGUCACUUUAUUUUACUUCUGCUCUUUUUUUUUCUCAACACUUUUUUUGUUGUUGUUUUAUUUUUACUCUUUUUGUUAAAAAUAAAUGCACUGUUGGUUAAGGGCUGUAAGUAAGCAUUUCACUGUAAUGUCUGCACUUGUUGUAUUCGGCGCAUGUGACCAAUAAAAUUUGAUUUGAUUUGACUAUGCAACAUUUGUGAACAGUAUUCAUUUGAUAGGAUAUUUUCCAUGUAUAAUCCCCACCUCUCUCUCUCUCUCUCAGCCAUUCAGGAGUGGCUUCAGAGUCACCUUGUUCCUGGUUGCCCAGGGCAACUGCUGUCCACUCUUGCCGGAUUGGUGCAGGAGAGAAUGGGCGGGUCUUCAGGAGCGGUCAGUGAUAACACCAUUGACAUAGUGUAAGAUGGGAGUUUGUGGUCAGGUUUUCAGGGGAAAUAGGGGAACAUGAGGGUGUGUUCUUCUCUCGCAAAAAAGAGAAGAAUGAGAGGGAGCGAGAAGGGAGGGAGGAGAGAAGAGAGAGAGGGGAGAGAGAGGAAGAGCGAGAGCAGGGAGCAGAGAAGAGAGGGGGAGAGAAGAGAGAGAGCAGAGAGGGAGAAGAAAAAAACAGGCGAGCGAGAGAGAGAAGAGAGGGGAGGGAGAGAGAGUAAGAGAGGGAGAGAGAAGAGAGGGGAGAGGACGAGAGAAGGCAGAGAGAGAAAGAGAGAGAGAGGUGAGAGGAAGAGAGGGAGACGGACGAGCGAGAGGGAGCGCGCGAGAGCGAGAGCAGAGAGAGAGAGCUGAGAGAGAGGAGCGAGGGAGAGAGCAGAGAGAGAGGGAAGAGAGAGAGAAGAGAGAGAGAGAAGAGAGAGAGAGAGAGAAGAGGGAGAGAGGAGAGAGAGAGAAGAGAGGAGGAAGAGAGAGAGAAGAGAGCCGCGAGAAAAGCGAGAGAGAGCGAGCGAGGGGAGAGAGAAGAGUGAGAGAGAGAGAGAGAGAGAGAGAAGAGAGAGAGAGAGAGAGAGAGAGAGAGAGAGGAGAGAGAGGAGAGCGAGAGAGAGAAAGAGAGAGGGGAAGCGAGGUCGAGGAGAGGGAAGAGAAGGGAGAGGAGAAGAAGAGAGAGGGAGAGAGAGAGAGAGAAGAGUAGGGAGAGAUAUAGAGAGAGAAUGAGGAGGUAGAGAGAUAUAGAGUUACUCGUGAAGCUAGAGAUACGAUAUUUUAGAUAUAUACGAAGCGAGUAUGGAUAUAUAAUACUAUAGAUAUAUAUAUAUAUAUACAUCGGAUGAUAUAUCAGAGCAUAGAUAUUAAUAUAUGUAUGUUUCUAGGUCUGUAUAAAGGUAUAAAUAUCUCUACUAUAUAAGCUAUAGGACUGAGCCUAGAAAGAGAUAGGUAACUAUCGUUUGAGCGAGUCGGGAGCUCGAUUCAGCGAGGUGCGAUAAGAGAGAGAGCGAGCAAGAGAAGGGAAGAGAGGGAGAGAAGGUGAAGAGGAUUUAGAGAGUAUAAUCGAUAUUUAUCAUUUUCGUAUCUCUCGACUAGUAGAUGGCAUAUCUGUCUAUAUCUCUAUAUAUAUAUCAUCUCGUGCUAUAUCCUCCUAUCUUCUCUCUCUAUCUAUCUAUUUAUAUCUCCUCUCUCUUAUCUAUCUUCUAUAUUUCUCGCUCUCUCCAUCUUUCUCUAUCUCUCUCUCUAAUGUCUGUCGGACUCUGGUUUCUCUCUCUCUCUCUGUCUGUCUCACUGUCUCACUCUCUCUCUCUCCUCUCUCCCUCUCCCUCUCCCUCUCCCUCCUCCCUCUCCCUCUCUCUCUAACACACACCUCCAGUUGUACAGUUUGUUCCUGACUGCAGCUGCUGCUCUUCUGAAGGACCGCAGCGACCCCUGCAGCCUGGGCCAACGCUAUGCAUGCUGGGACAGACGCUAUGAGAUGGUGCGAGUUUGUGUGUGCGCGUGUUCUUGUCAUUUCAAUUAACUAAUGUAAUUGAAUUAUACUAAAUAAUAAUACAUAGAUUUUAUAUAGCGCUUUUUCAAAGUCGCUUGAAUUGUCAAAAAAAAUAAUAGUAAUUAUUUUCUAAAGCAGUUUUGUCUGUCUGGCAGGUAUGGAGGAGCUGAUCCUGGAGACAGGACUAUGGUAACGGUCACUAAGGGGGUUUUCACAUAUAGCUAUCUUUAAAAUAACAGAUCUCAGUCCUCUUUAAAGUGAACUCUGGGGUAAAAAACAAAACAACUAAAGAACUCAGUUGUCUUUUGUAUUCACAAUACCCUUGUCUUUGAAUGAGGACUCAACUCUUCCCUUCACCUAUUUUGUGGACCGAAUCCUCUUUGCAUUCACAUUGCUAUGUUUAGAAAGGAGCCAAGAUCUUCUUCCAACAUGCACUCAGCAAGCCAAUCAGAAUGUGUUAUCGGACCGCUAGAUACAGUGGCUUCCGAAAGUAUUCACCCCCCUUGGCAUUUGUCCUAUUUUGUUGCCUUAAAACCUGGAAUUAAAAUAGAUUUUUUGUGGGUUUGUAUCAUUUGAUUUACACAACACGCCUACCACUUUGAAGGUGCAAAAUAAUUUUUUUUGUGAAACAAACAAGAAAUAAGACAAAAAAUCAGAACUUGAGCGUGCAUAACUAUUCACCCCCCCCCCCCCCCAUCCCCCUAUUAACUAGGCCAUUCCAAUACAUUUAAAUGUUUCCCCUUAAACCACUCAAGUGUUGCUUUAGCAGUAUGCUUAGGGUCAUUGUCCUGCUGGAAGGUGAACCUCCGUCCCAGUCUCAAAUCUCUGGAAGACUGAAACAGGAAACAGGUUUCCCUCAAGAAUUUCCCUGUAUUUAGCGCCAUCCAUCAUUCCUUCAAUUAUGACCAGUUUCCCAGUCCCUGCCGAUGGAAAAACAUCCCCACAGCAUGAUGCUGCCACCACCAUGCUUCACUGUGGGGAUGGUGUUCUCAGGGUGGUGAGAGGUGUUGGGUUUGCGCCAGACAUAGCGUUUUCCUUGAUGGCCAAAAAGCUCAAUUUUAGUCUCAUCUGACCAGAGUACCUUCUUCCAUAUGUUUGGGGAGUCCCCCACAUGCCUUUUGGCGAACACCAAACGUUUGCUUAUUUUUUUCUUUGAGCAAUGGCUUUUUUCUGGCCACUCUUCCGUAAAGCCCAGCUCUGUGGAAUGUACAGCUUAAAGUGGUCCUAUGGACAGAUACACCAAUCUCCGCUGUGGAGCUUUGCAGCUCCUUCAGGGUUAUCUUUGGUCUCUUUGUUGCCUCUCUGAUUAAUGCCCUCCUUGCCUGGUCUGUGAGUUUUGGUGGGCGGCCCUCUCUUGGCAGGUUUGUUGUGGUGCCAUAUUCUUUCAAUUUUUUAAUAAUAGAUUUAAUGGUGCUCCGUGGGAUGUUAAAAGUUCCUGAUAUUUUUUUAUAACCCAACCCUGAUCGGGACUUCUCCACAACUUUGUCCCUGACCUGUUUGGAGAGCUCCUUGGUCUUCAUGGUGCCGCUUGCUUGGUGGUGCCCCUUGCUUAGUGGUGUUGCAGACUCUGGGGCCUUUCAGAACAGGUGUAUACAUACUGAGAUCAUGUGACAGAUUGCACACAGGUGGACUUUAUUUAACUAAUUAUGUGACUUCUGAAGGUAAUUGGUUGCACCAGAUCUUAUUUAGGGGCUUCAUAGCAAAGGGGGUGAAUACAUAUGCACGCACCACUUUUCCGUUAUUUAUUUUGUAGAAUUCUUUGAAACUUCACCAAUUUGGACUAUUUUGUGUAUGUCCAUUACAUGAAAUCCAAAUAAAAAUCAAUUUAAAUUACAGGUUGUAAUGCAACAAAAUAGGAAAAACGCCAAGGGGGUGAAUACUUUUACAAGGCACAUCAGAAUGUGUUAUCGGACAGUUAUAUAUACCAUAUACCUACUUACAUUUUGGAAGCGAAUAGGUUGCAUGUAGUUAAAAUAUGAGGCAUAAUAAUUGUAAUCAGAAGAUACUAUUAACAUGUCAAUAUUAUCGGUAACAGAAUAAAUAGCUAUAGAAUAACUGCAGAAUAAAUAAUGCGUAAUUGAAAAUUGUCCACCCUUGGUAGGAUACUGCCACAUUUAAGAGGGUACAACAUCUAUUCUAUGUGAUUCUCACCAAAUAUAUUGUCUUCUCACACAAUUCAAACCCCACAAUCAAAUAAACAGCUCAUGAAGCUCUCCUAGUCUACAGAUCACACAUUGCGAACAAAUAAUCGGAACUAAAAAACUCCACACAUAUUUUGGAAUUUCUGUGCAUCCUUGACAAUCACUAAUCAAUAUUUAAAAAAACAGCACACGUUUUUUUUUUACGUGAACCUGCACAUCAUCAUCUGCUCUCUUUUGUGGCACCAAUGUGAGGGGUUAUGGCAGUAGUCUAGUGUGAGGGGUUAUGGCAGUAGUCUAGUGUGAGGGGUUAUGGCAGUAGUCUAGUGUGAGGGGUUAUGGCAGUAGUCUAGUGUGAGGGGUUAUGGCAGUAGUCUAGUGUGAGGGGUUAUGGCAGUAGUCUAGUGUGAUGGGUUAUGGCAGUAGUCUAGUGGGAGGGGUUAUGGCAGUAGUCUAGUGUGAGGGGUUAUGGCAGUAGUCUAGUGUGGGGGGUUAUGGCAGUAGUCUAGUGUGAGGGGUUAUGGCAGUAGUCUAGUGUGAGGGGUUAUGGCAGUAGUCUAGUGUGAGGGGUUAUGACAGGGGAAACGGUGUUGCAGACGUCUCGAGAUGGUCUCAGUUCGGUUUGCUUCGGGGGCUCUUUUGAGAGGUGUGAGUUCCUUUGGAGCGUUCACACUGCACAAAACAUGAAGCGAACUGCACUGAGUUCACAGAUAUUGGCUGAAAGGGACCAAAUGUGGAAAACACCCCAAGAAUAUGCUAAAAAGAGGGUGGGGGGGGGGGGGGGAAUAUGCUGCUAUGUAACUGUAUGUGUGUAUUUUUGUGAAAUUGUCUAAACUCUCUCUUGUCCAGUUGGAUGCUCUGUGUCCAGCAGUGGAGGAACUGAGGAGACUGACAACAUCGCCACCUGGUGGUCACAUGGCCAUUCUGCAGGCUGCUGUGGAGGUACAGGACUGUACUACAACUUAGACCUAGACCUGAUGGCUAUACCUAUACCUGAUGGUUAUACCUAGACCUGAUGGUUAUACCUAGACCUGAUGGUUAUACCUAGACCUGAUGACUAUACCUAGACCUGAUGGUUAUACCUAGACCUGAUGGUUAUACCUAGACCUGAUGGUUAUACCUAGACCUGAUGGUUAUACCUAGACCUGAUGGUUAUACCUAGACCUGAUGACUAUACCUAGACCUGAUGGUUAUACCUAGACCUGAUGGUUAUACCUAGACCUGAUGGUUAUACCUAGACCUGAUGGCUAUACCUAGACCUGAUGGCUAUACCUAGACCUGAUGGUUAGACCUAGACCUGAUGGUUAGACCUAGACCUGAUGGUUAUACCUAGACCUGAUGACUAUACCUAGACCUGAUGGUUAUACCUAGACCUGAUGGUUAUACCUAGACCUGAUGGUUAUACCUAGACCUGAUGACUAUACCUAGACCUGAUGACUAUACCUAGACCUAGUCCUUCAAUUCCACCAUAUUGCGUAGACCAGGGGUAGGCAACCCUGUUCCUGGAGCGCCGCAGGUACUGCAGGAUUUUGUUCCAACUAAGCACAACACCUGACCAACUGAGUUAAUUGAUCAGGUCAGUGAUUGCCUAAAUUCAACACACCUGGGGCCUCAUUUAUCAAUCAUGCGUAGGCACAGAUCUGAGUAAACCAUGCGUGGGAUCAUUUCCACGCAAAGUGUGAAAUUGAUCGAUAUGAAAGUUUGCUUGAGAGUGUGCGUACAUUUAGGCCCAGCCAUGACCAUGCGUAGCACAGUGCCAAGCGGUGGAAUAAGGGAACUGCUUGUCAAGCGUAGAACGGGGGAAAACAGAUCCGUGUUCAAUCCCAGCCGGCCGUGACCGGGAGAACCCAUGAGGCGGCGCACAAUUGGCCCAGCAUCGUCCUGGUUAGGGGAGGGUUUGGCCGGCUGGGAUUUCCUUGUCCCGUCGCGCUCUAGUGACUCCUUGUGGCGGGCCGGGCGCAGUGCAAGCUGACUUCGGUCACCAGCUGGGUAGUGUUUCCUCCGACACGUUGGUGCGGCGGGCUUCCGGGUUCAGCAAGCGGUGUGUCAAGAAGCAGUGCGGCUUGGCAAGCUCUUGUUUCGGAGGACACAUGGCUCUCGACCUUCGCCUCUCCCGAGUCCAUAGGGGAGUUGCAGCGAUGGGACAAGACUGUAACUACAAAUUUACCCCACGAAAAAGGGGUAAAAGUACAAGAAAGAUGUUAAAAAAAACAAGUACAGUCAAUUGUUAAAUUAGAGGCACGUGUGAACCAUUGUGUAAAUACUAUAAAAGACUGAGAUAAUGGAAAUCCAAUGAGAGAUGGCUGAUCUUGCUUUGUUGGAAGAUUUCGCACAUGCUGCAUUUUGCGGAGAGUGCGUUUUUAGAGACAGGUGGGACUUUUUUUUUUUGCAGAAAGUACAGAUUGGCUCAUCAGAUAUCGUUUUCCAAUGCAAAGAUUUAAGACCUACUUUUAAAAGGCAAACGCAUGCCAUUCCGUUGCACAUCCAAGUGCUACCCACCCUCAGGUUUUUUUUUCAACAGGAGCUUGCCGACCGGCAUCUCACAGCCCUCGAUGAGCCAAUGUAAUUAGAUGCAAUCAUCAGCAAAACUAACAGUAACAUACAGUUUCCAUACACCGUCGCACAACUGGUUACAGUCAAGAGGGGUUUCUUUGCCAUGAUGUGGUCCUCUGUAGCUCAAUUGGUAGAGCAUGGCGCUUGUAACGCCAGGGUAGUGGGUUCGAUUCCCGGGACCACCCAUACGUAAAAAUGUAUGCACACAUGACUGUAAGUCGCUUUGGAUAAAAGCGUCUGCUAAAUGGCAUAUUAUUAUUAUUAUUAUUAUUAUUAUUAUUAUAUUAUAUUAUGCCAUCAAUAAUUCCCAAAUCUGAACGGAGCAAUAGACAGCGCCACAUCGCCAUAAAAGCACCAUCCCCAAACGACCUCACAACCGCAGACCAAGUCUAUGGCGUUGUGUGGGUGAGCUGUUUGCUGACAUCAAUGUUGUGAACAGAGUGCCCCAUGGUGGCGGUGGGGUUAUGGUAUGGGCAGACAUAAGCUACGGACAACGAACACAAUUAAAUUGUAUCGAUAGCAAUUUCAAUGCACAAAAAAAUACGGUGACGAGGUCCUGGGGCCCAUUUGUUUUUAAGGUAUCUGUGACCAACAGAUUCAUAUCUGUAUUCUCAGUCAUGUGAAAUCCAUAGAUUAGGGCCUAAUGAAUUUAUUUCAAUUGACUGAUUUCCUCAUAUGACUCAUAUUUGCCACUGAGGGGAUUCGGGGCAGGCGUGUUUUGCACCGGGUGAAAGUCGAUUGCAUUCGUUUUGGAACCGCGCUGCCUUCCGGGUAUGAGCCAGGUGCCCCAUGCAAAGCCCACGGUGAAGUCUGCUCAAAACAAAAGUGACGUAAUUAAGCGCGUGGCGUAACGAGUAGGAUUCUGUGUUUUCACAUGCAAAAGUGAUUUGCUUUUGAUAAAAACGCUUUACAUGCCUUCCCAAUGAAAACUAGUUAGAAAAUUCAAACAUGAUAUAUUUCAUGUAAAAGAGAUGUUGUUGUUGUUGUGUUUCUGGACGAUGCACCAUGCUGCCUUGUUGGCAACGUUACCAAAUGGCGCAGAUUACUGUUUCGAUUUGAGAAGGACGCUCCUCCCUCACCACUUUUUCCCGUUCACGUCACGGGCCGUAGACCGCCCAUUGCUAAAGCAACUUGAAUUGUCCUAAUGGUCUUCUCUUUGUAGCUACAGUGCCUUCUGAAAGUAUUCACACCCCUUGACUUUUUCCAUAUUUUGUUGUUACAAAGUGGGAUUAAAAUUGAUUUAAUUGUAAUUUUAUGUCAACGAUCUACACAAAAUACUCUGUCAAAAAUUCUAACAUUUGUGAAAAUAAAUAAAAAUACAACUAAUAUAUCUUGAUUAGACAAAUAUUCACAUCCCCGAGUCAGUACUUUGUAGAAGCACAUUUGGCAGCGAUUACAGCUGUGAGUCUUUCUGGGUAAGUCUAAGAGCUUUCAACACCAGGAUUGUGCAAAAUUUUCCCAUUUUUAUUAUUUUAAAAUGUCUUCAAGCUCUGUCAAAUUGGUUGUUGAUCAUUGCUAGACAACCAUUUUCAGGUCUUGCCAUAGAUUUUCAAGCAGAUGUAAGUCAGAACUAACUCGGCCACUCGGGAACAUUCACUGUAUUCUAGGUAAGCAGUUCCAGUGUAGAUUCAGCCUUUUAGGUUAUUGACCUGCUGAAAGGUGAGACAUCUCCCAGUGUCUGGUGGUAAAGCAGACUGAACCAGGUUUUCCUCUGGGAUUUUGCCUGUGCUCAGUUACAUUCCAUUUAUUUUUUAUCCUGAAAGAACUCCCCAGUCCUUAAUGAUUACAAGCAUACCCAUAACAUGAUGCAGCCACCACUAUGCUUGAAAAUAUGGAGAGUAGGUACUCAGUCAUGUGUUGUAUUGAAUUUGCCCCAAACAUAACACUUUGUAUUCAGGACAAACAGUGAAUUGCUUUGCCACAUUUUUGCAGUUUUACUUUAGUGCCUUGUUGCAAACAGGAUGCAUGUUUUGGAAUAUUUGUAUUCUGCACAGGCUUCCUUCUUUUCACUCUGUCAAUUAGGUUAGUAUUGUGCCGUAACUACAAUGUUGUUGAUCCAUCCUCAGUUUUCUCCUAUCACAGCCAUUAAACUCUGUAACUGUUUUAAAGUCACCAUUGGCCUCAUGGUGAAAUCCCGGAGUGGUUUCCUUCCUCUCCGGCAACUGAGUUAGGAAGGAUGCCUGUAUCUUUGUAGUGACUGGGUGUGUUGAUACACCAUCCAUGCUCAAAGGGAUAUUCAAUGUCUGCUUUAAAAUGUUUACCCAUCUACCAAUAGGAGCCCUUCUUUGCAAGGCAUUGGAAAACCUCCCUGGUCUUUGUGGUUGAAUCUGUGUUUGAAAUUCACUGCUCGACUGAGGGACCUUACAGAUAAUUGUAUGUGUGGGGUACAGAGAUGAGUUAGUCGAUAAACAAUCAUGUUAACCACAGAGUGAGUCCAUGCAACUUAUUAUGGCUUGCCAUUCAAAAAUGGUGUUGAAUAAUUAUUGACUCAAGACAUUUCAGUUUUUCAUUUUUCAUUUAUUUGUAAACAUUUGGGAAAACUUUGACAUUAUGGGUUAUUGUGUGUGUGUGUGUGUGUGUGUGUAGGUCAGUGACACAUCUCAAUUUAAUGCUAUUUUUAAUUCAGGCUUUAACAACAAUGUGGGGAAAAGGUCAAGGGGUGUGAUGAAUACUUUCUGAAGGCACUGUAUGUUUUUAUUUUUACUACUCAAGCUGCAACUGAGCAAUAAAUAAAUUCAACUUUUUGGUUGUACUCAAUCUCUUACACGAGCUCCUCUAUUUCAGUCUCUGAAAAGUUAAGUUUUUUUUUCUUCGCUUUUUUGGGUUGUGCCAUCGUAGGCUAGUUCAUGGUACGGCGUUGUAGAUUCCCCACGUUGGGAUUUAAAGGGCUGAAUUUGACCAUAUAUCGUUAAUUAGGGGUGUUUUAAAAAAGCACUGAGGCUGAGAUGGUAUUUAUCAAGGGUUAUCUCCUACCGGUGUGGGUUUGACGCUUGUAGGAUUGUUUGAUAAAUCAUCGUUUUUCUACGUGUACGAACACUCUAAAUUCCAUUUGUAAGUAGUAUUUUACAAUAGUUUCUACGCAAUAUUGAUAAAUGAGGCCCCUGGUCUUCCAGGUUGGUUAAAUCAAAGACAGUGUCUGUGGCCCUCCGGGACCAGGGUUAUCUACCCCUGAUGUAGACAGUGUCUGUGGCCCUCCAGGACCAGGGUUAUCUACCCCUGACGUAUACCUUUAUUUUUGCUUAGUUCUUUCAGUUCAGCAACCACUGAAAAGGACAGGGUUUGUGUCUAACAUCCUGUCUCUGUCUUCUCUCGAUAUAUCUCUUUUGCGUAGGGAUGAGAAAGAUUUUGAGAGAGAAAGAGGGAGAGAGAAAGAUGUAGGAGAGAGAGAGAGGAGUGAAGCGGGAGGAGAGAUAGGAGAGAGCGAGGGAGAGGAUGGAGGGUGAGAACGAGGAGGGGUGAGAGAGAGAGAGAGGAGAGAGAGAGAGAGAGAGUAGAGAGAGAGAGAGAAGAGAGAGGGAGAGAGGAAGAUAGAGAGAUAGGGAGAGAAAGAGGGAGGGACAGAAAGAGAGAGGAUGAGAGAUAGAGGAGAGAGAGAGUAGGGGGGAGAGAGAGAUAGAGAGAGCUAAUAUCUAGAGAUACUAGCUGAUAUAAAUCGAUUAAUGAUAUGAGUAUAUCUAUCUCCUAUCUCCUAUUCUAGUAUCUCUAUUGGCUGUCUAUAUCUGUCCUCAUCUCUAUCUCUAUCUUCUCUCUCUCUCUCUCUCUCUCUAUCUCUCCUUCUCUCUCUUUCUCUCUCUCUCUCUCUCUCUCUUUCUUCUUUCUUUCUACCUUUUCUAUCUCUAUUUCUGUCUCCCUCCUCUCUUUCCCUAGAAAGCUGAAACUGGCGUGCAGCGUCUACCCGUGACCUCACAGCCAGGGCGGGACGAGCCAGCUACAUCGCCACAGUACGCGUGACCCUUCCUGACACCUGGUGCCGUGGCGAUAGCUGGCAUCUUGAGAGCAGUGUUCGAAGCCCUGGGAGGACAGAAGUGAUGUCAGACAGACGGACACAUUGUUGUCAUCAUGACAGCUGUUAUGCAUGGUGAUCUGUUGAAAAUGUGAUAUUAGAUAUUGUGAAAAUUAAGAUAUGGUGCUGUCACGGGAGCACGAGGAAAUAUCCAUGACACAGAAUCAUGAAUCUGACAAGGGAUGAUUCAUAAUGUAAAUCUGAUAACUAAGGAGUCUUAUAGCCAGUGAAUCACAGCAAUGAGGAAUCGAAUGGCAAGCGACUCUGUUAGUGAGUCUAAUGUAAUUUGUAAAUGAGCCAUGAACUGAAAGGGGCCAAUCACGAUGAGACUAAUCUCACACUAAUGCCCAAUCCCAAAUGGACCCCUAAACCCUACGCACUUGUGGAGAUCUUAGAGGAUGUUAAAGCUGUAAGCAAUAUGGUAAUAGAUCCACCUUGCUCUCUGAUCGGUUAAGUUUCACUAAAUACUGGUUGCUACUGAUGGAGAUAAUCUUAAAUAACCAAAUAUAGACUAAAUACUGGUUGCUACUGAUGGAGAUAAUCUUAAAUAACCAAAUAUAGACUAAAUACUGGUUGCUACUGAUGGAGAUAAUCUUAAAUAACCAAAUAUAGACUAAAUACUGGUUGCUACUGAUGGAGAUAAUCUUAAAUAACCAAAUAUAGACUAAAUACUGGUUGCUACUGAUGGAGAUAAUCUAAAUGUAUGUGGUUCUUGGAGAAAACAUUUACUGUACUUUCUGCAAUCAGAAUUAA